GCCGUACAACAUUCUUUUUGGUAAAUAUAAGUACACAUAGCUGCCGCAUUCGAUUUUCCAUCGCAUUGUUUUCUUUUUUUUAUUAAAAAUAUUUAAUUGCUAAAAUGUCUUGUUCUCGAAAGAGAACCUAAAUAUCAAUGGCAAAUAGUGAUGGAGUUCAGUGGUCGUCGCACAAAUGAGGUUUUGGACCCGGUAGAAAUUGAGUUUUUUUCUGAUCGGUCGCGUACCCCGAGCCCUACACCUGUUUUAUCAAGUAAUGUGUGUUGUGAUCUCGAGGACAUAUUAAGCGACGCUAUUUCAGAGUCUUUACAAGGGUCACUUCGGAUCAGUCGCAGUCAGUUAAUAAACCAGGAACUCACUAUACGCCCCGAAGCGAAUAUAGAAUCGAAUGUUCCGGAAGGAUUAGAUCUCUAUAAGGUUAUUUUUGAAGUUGAGAGUGAUACAGAGACUAGGAUGGGAGAUCUGGAAGGUGCUUCUCUGGAUAAACCAAUAACAGACCAAGACUCCUGCCGUCUAGUCGGAGGUUCGAAGUUCUACGAGGUGAUGGACGGGUCCGCCUCGGCGGUUAUAUCGACUCCAUCACCCACAGAGAAACAGGACCACAUGAAACCAACUGAGAGUGAUGAUGAAGUAUCAGAUGUGGACCAGGAGUGCACGGUGUUCUGCGGCGUCAGUUACCUCGGCGCGCAGAACAUCGCCGAUCCUAAGUCGGAGACGGACAUACAGAGGAUCAUGAAGGAGCUCAGUUCUAUGCCGGAGAACAGAGACGGGAUCGCCGUGUCUAUAUCUAUACCGGUCUGCUCGCAAGGGCUCGUCGUGCUGUACCAGGCGGACACGAACAGUGUGAUGGCGCGCUACGCGGUGAACCGCAUCUCGUUCUACGCGCGCGGCGCGGCCGGCUCGCCGGUCGCGUCCUGCUUCGCCUUCACCUGGUCGCACGGCGAGACGCGCGAGUCGGCCGUCUACCGCUGCCACGUGUUCCGCUGCCACAUCGCCGAGGCGGUCACGCAGGUCUCCAGCUGUUUCGCCAAGGCGUUCGAGAGGAUACCUCGAUCGAUGGCGUCCUCCCUCGUAGGGGAUCUCAGUGCAGCGCCCUCUAUGACGGGCUCCCUAACAGAGGGUCUCGGUCCAGCUGCGCCACCUAUGCAGCUGAUGCAUGUGCUGGAGUGCACUGUGGACAUCAAGGAGACUGACGCCAAGGGUACAUUCAGCCACGUGCCCAAAGAGCGUCUCGGGUACAAGAUCCGCGGCGGCAUCGAUAAGCAAGUCACGAUCAAUGUGAAGCAGGUCACAAACAAUGUGCAGACGGAUUCUGAUGAUAUGACGGUUUCUUACACUGGUGGACUCUACAUUGAACGAUGCUUUGGGAUCCUUUUAGCGCCCGGCCGCAGCGUCAAACAUUCCGAUAUGCAGUUACUUGAGAUGGUGAGCGGCUCGUCGGGCGGCUCCGGGUGCGCGGUGUGCGCGCUGUGGAACGCCGGCGAGUCGGCGCUGGCCGCCUUCAACGUGGCCAGCGGGGACGGCGCGCCGGCCUACAUGUCGCUGGCGUUGGAUCUGGUUAUAAGGGGGAUACGGGAUCCGUUGCGGUUAGUAAUUGAAACACCUGUGAAAGUGUACCCGCCGACUGAGAGAUUUUGGUACUACUCAAAGCGGCCGUUAGUUCAACAGUUUUUCAUCAAUUUGAAGGAGUCGGUGGACUCGCUCGGCCAGCUGCAGUACGAAGUGGCCAGCGUGGAGACCUCCGGCGAGCUGGACAGGUCGCGGCUCAACCUGCCCCUCUCCCUGUCGAGCCUGCUGCCCUCCCCUCUCUCCGCCGCGCCCGCACCGCCCUCGCCCUCCGAACCGGACUCGGAUGGUGAUGAACCAUUACUCAGCGGUACUGGGGAAGUGUCCAAAGAUUGCGGAGUGGAUGUAUUGGAAAAUUGGGCUCAAGUACUGAGAAGUUGGGUGGGUCCACGACCGCGCGCUCUCAACCAGCUGGUGCGUGUGGGCGUGCCGGAAGCGUUACGUGGUGAGGUGUGGCUCAGGCUUGCUGAUGUAGACCAGAAUGAUAAGCUCAUGGAGACAUAUAGAACGCUUAUAAGCAAGGACUGCCCCUUCGAAGCGGUGAUCCAGCGGGACAUAGCGCGCACGUUCCCCGCGCACGACUUCUUCCGCGAGGCCGGCGGACUCGGCCAGGACUCGCUGCUGCGCAUGGCGCGCGCAUACGCGGUCUACGACCACGAAGUGGGCUACUGCCAGGGGCUCAGCUUCUUGGCUGCCACUCUGCUGCUGCAUAUGCCAGAAGAACAAGCAUUCUGUCUGCUGGUUCGUCUUAUGUACGGUUACGGUUUGCGGGAACUGUACAAAGAUGGCUUCGAGGCUCUGUACAUGAGAUUGCAUCAGCUCGAUAGGCUAAUGGAGGAGCAGCUAACGGACCUGCGCGCGCACUUCUGCGAGCUGGGCGUCGAGCCGCACAUGUUCGCGUCGCAGUGGUUCCUCACCGUGUUCACUGCGCGGUUCCCGCUGCCGUUGGUGUACCACAUUCUGGACGUGUUCCUGCUGCAAGGCAUGGACACGCUGUUCCAAGUGUCGCUGGCGCUUCUCACGCGCUCCCGCAAGGAUCUCCUGCAGCACGACUUUGAAGGUGUUCUCAAAUAUUUUAGGGUUACCCUGCCAAAGAAGUGUCGUGCCGAGGAAUCUUCCCGUCAAAUCGUCAAACUGGCGUGCAGUAUCAAAGUGAAACGAUUGCAGAAAUAUCAACUGGAAUAUGAGAAGUUUAUAAAAGAAACGGCCGAAAAGGAGAAGAUCAAUGUCGAAUUAGAGAGGUUGAAAGUGAUCAACGCUCAGCUACAACAGGAGAAGGAGACACUCGAAAAACAAUUAGCGCAGACGCGAGGGAAUUUAGAGGAAAUUCAAAAGGAGUCGGUACACUACUCGGCUGUGGCCAGGGACUAUAGGGAGAUCUGUGCACGAUUGGACAAGCAACUACACAACUUACAGGACUGCACGAAGAACUGUGUAAACUGCAGUUUGAAAUUGGCACAGAAGGACAAUAAGGAAGAAAACGAACAGAAGACCGACGAGAAAGGGGAAAGUUCCAGCGACACUGAAGCGAGGUUGAAGCAGCGCGUGCGCGACCUCGAGCUUGAACUUGCGCAAGUCAAACUCGCGCAUGUCCAAGCGCAGUGCAGUAACCAGGAGUUAAGUCACCAGCUGAAUGCCGCGUUAAACGAGAUGCAAACAGCUAUGAACCAGAAGCAAACCGUAACGCCGUGGCUCGUGCGGACCCUCGGUUCGAUAAUGGAAGCGGCACAGAAUCGACCAUCCUUCCAAACGUAUCUACCAAAUUUAAAUCAAGAACCGACUCCCCCGAUCCAUAGACAAGGUUCCUUUUCUAAUGUCCAAAGUCACAGCACUCUAGACAGGCGCGGGUCUGAUCCAUACAGCCCGGAUGUGGUGAGGAGGAAGAAGGAUUUGAACGCAAAGCGGCACUCCAUGCUCGUUGAAUCGAAUAUAACUAAAGAGGCGAAGGAAUUAAACAGACGGAGCCAUGACUCGUCCAUUGUUAAGAAUCUCUCGCUGGGUUGACACUUACGUGUCGUCUAGAUUGCCCGGUUAAUGCGUUUGGUAUACGUCUUUGAUCAGAGAAAAUACGUAAUUCAAUGUUAUAGCGACUAAGAUGUCAUCAAUGUAGUUAAACUCUCGAAUAUCUUAAAUGUAUGUGUAUUUACAUCUUCUCUCUCAUCAAAGAUUCUGUGUGGACCAUUUAAUGAUUGAUAAUCGUAAUCACUGUGUUCGCUUCGAUUAUAUGAGACAUUAUACAUUCUAUAGGGGAUAGAACAGAGAUGUAUGAAUAUAUGAUUGUAAAGCGUUGGUGAAUUCGACAUCAGCUGGAUAAUAUUUCAGUUGCACUGAAUCUCAUUAUGUACGUUUAAUUAGAAACAAGAUUUCCAACACUUAAAAAUGCAUAAAGAUUUUUUUUAAUCCCGCUCUGCUUUUAAUAUCUAUGAUAAUAAAUGUUUUUUUUUACGUCCAAGUGUUUGUGGAACCGAUCCGAAUACUAAUCCGUUUGUUACAUUCCAUAAUAUAUUUUAUUUACGGCCAUUUGUGUGAGAGUGCAACUGAGUUAUGUCUGGUGACAAUCGAAUUACCGCAUUGUCUAUGGUAUUGUAUUUAAUGAUUAUGUUGUGUCUAUAGUUGUAUCACGUUUAGUGUAAUGUGCACAUAACUAUCACUAGUCAAUAAAAUAUAUUUAAUUAUGUCAUAGCCUCAUAG